UUAUCAAAACUAAUUGAAGCUUUAAAGCAGUUAAAUCAAAAGAAAAUUUCAAAAAUCAAAAACUUUAAAAAAUUAAAACAUUCAAAAUGCGUUUCACAUUCUUCAUUGUUGCCCUUUUUGCAUUCAUCGCAUUGGCAUUCGCUACUCCAAUUGAUGACGAAAAUCAAACUGAUUUAAAAAUUGGGGAUGAAAAAUUAGUAUGUGUAUUAUCAAAAUGCAACGAAUAUUGUCGAUUAAUAAGAUACACUUAUGGUAAAUGCACAAUUUUUGGGAAUUGUGCUUGUUACUUGCAAAAGUAAAUUGUUUUCGCUGUGCUGGAUUAUAAAUAUGUAAAUCAAAUAUCUUUAAUAAUUUGUUAAUAAAAAAUAAUGAAAAUUGUUGCAACAUUAAAUUUUUUUAUUAAUUUCUUACAUUUACAUAUCUAGUCUCUAAGAUUAUUUGCAGCUAGUUUUUAGAAUAUUAUUUAUAAAAUCAGGAAUAAUAACAUUAAGUUAAUAAGUUAAAGAAUAUAUUGAUAUUUUGUAUCAGUUGUGGCAACGACAAGUACUUCCAUCACAGUUUCCUGUUCGCCAGUUCGCAAGCCAGCAAUCUAAGGCACAUCUAGUUGAAUUGCAUCUUGCUCGUUGUGGAACAAUUACUUCCAAAG